GACGGCUGGACAUGGGUCAACCAGCGGACGAAUAAGAAGGACAGUGCUACUAUGAAGGAUUACUCUGAAGAUAUCGAUUCUCUUCUUGUCCUGGAUGGUCUAUUCUCCGCCGUCGUCACAGGCUUCGUCGUCGUCGCAAUAACCAUGCUUCAAGAGGACACUGGACAAACCUCUGUCGAGCUGCUUUCAACCAUCUCCGCUCAGCUCUCUAGUCUGACUAUCACUUCUCCCUACAUCAACUCGACCUCCAACGGACCACCUAUUCAGCCAUUCCGACCUACGUCUGCCGCUCGAUGGAUCAACAGCCUCUGGUUCAUUAGUCUCAUCCUUAGUCUUGCCUCUGCUGUUGUCGGUAUCCUAGCGAAGCAAUGGAUCCGCGAAUACCUCCAGUGGGAUAGUCAGACUUCUGCAUCGCGAGAGAAUGUACUUGUCCGCGAGAUACGCGCAGAAGCAUGGAAGGAGUGGUAUACGACUUCCAUCAUCUCUGCGGUUCCCGUGCUACUUGAGGUGGCGAUCAUCCUCUUCACGUGCGGCAUGGCGGUGUUUGUCUGGACGCUGGAUCUCGUCGUAGCAGUCGUCGUGACGAUCUGCGUCGGCCUCUUUCUGUUACUCAUUGCCACCCUCACUCUUCUCCCCGCCAUCUGUAAGCACUGUCCAUACAAGUCACCAACUGCAUGGGCCGUCGGUCGUCUU